AUGCCCGGUGAGUUCGCAUUGGUAGAAUCGAAUGAAUUUGUCAUCCUGUUCCAGAGAUUCUCGAGCUUCAGUCGCCUGGUGAGGACCACCGCCUGGGUCCUGAGGUUUGCGCGACGGUGCCGCAAACAGAGAAGCGAGCUCGAGGAAUAUGGACUCACUGCAAAGGAGUGUGAGGCCGCGGAGAACCUGUUAAUCAGUCAGGCCCAAUUGGAGUCGUUUCCCGACGAGAUGAGGUCCCCGGAACGCGGAAAGGACGUCGCCAACUCGAGCGAGAUUCGAAGUCUGGCGCCUUACGUGGACAAAUAUGGAGUUCUGCGAGUUUAUGGCAGAGUCGAUGCCGCGCUGUCCAUGCCGUACAGUGCGAAGAGGCCUGUGAUACUGUCACACAUGCACAGUCUUACGGAGAUGGUAGUAAGACACUACCACGCCCAGAUGAAGCAUCAAAACGUGGAUGCGACGAUUGCCCAGAUCCGGACGAGAUUCUGGGUCACGAAGAUAAGACGAGUGCUGAAGGAGGUAAUCUCGUCGUGCAACGAAUGCAAGCUACAACGGACGCGGCCGAUGCCGCCGAUAAUGGGACCCCUUCCAGAGGAUCGCUUGGAAGCUGGAGGAUGGCCAUUCAAGGCGAUUCAUCUGGAGCUGGCGCAUGACCUGUCAACGGAUUCCUGCAUAAUAGAGAUCAGGAACUUCGUCUGCCGUAGAGGACCAGUACGUAAACUGCAGAGUGACAACGGCAAGAACUUUGUGGGAGCUGACAGGGAGGCCAGGCGAUUUGGAGACGUGUUCGAGACGGAAAGGAUACAGAGUGAGUUAUCCAGCAGGAGCAUUGAAUGGGUCUUUAAUUGCCCAUCCAACCCGUCUGAGGGCGGAGUAUGGGAGCGGAUGAGGCCACUGGAUGCGGACCAAGAGGCGCCGUUGACGCCAAACGACCUGCUCAAGGGAGCAGCUAACCUGCCGGAUACGCCCGGAUGGGAUGUGGAGCGGCCCAAGGAGGGUUCUACGCGAAAGCAGUGGAGGAUUGCCCGCAUGCUGCGGGACCGCUUCUGGAGGAGGUGGGUCAUGGAGUACCUGCCUACGCUUGUGCGCCGCGAGAAGUGGUGCCGGGGAACGGUUCCUAUCCGCCAGGUCGAUAUGGUCUUCGUCUGCCUUACCCAGACGAGAGUGGCGCAAGGGCAUCGUGGAGGAGUUUUAGAUUUGAGUGAAGCGGGUCUUCACGGGGUCGGGGAUGUCGACGGUCAAAACAUUGUUAUCGAUAGUUAA